UGGUGAACAGCGCCAUCUAGUGGAAUCAUGAAACGCAGGAUAUUGCAGGAAAAAGGCGAAAUGAAAGCGGUCUUUAGUUUAGGACAAUUUUGUAAAUACUCGACGGGCCGGAUUAAACAUCCCACCGGGCCGUAUGUGGCCCGCUACUGUCCUAUCUGAUCUUAAUCUGCAGUUAUUUUAGAUAACGAUCUUUAGUAUUUUUUUUGUUUUAAACUAAGGCGUUAUGCGUUUGUUUAAAUAUUUUAGGGCCAUUUUUAAAAUCCUGUAUGUUUGUGGUUACGGCAAAACGCAUUUGGAGGCUAGAUGUUCGCACGUACACUACCAGUCAGACAUUACAGUUGAAGACCACGGCAAUUUCAAUAACAUCACAAAAACGAAUGUGUGGCACUAAUGUUUGCACCGUAUUACGACGCGCUGCCACGAUUUGCACUCGACCUCGGACAGCGGCUUCAGCGUCUUCAAUUGCGUGUUCAAAUAAAGUUUAACGAUUCAAAUCAGUCCGCUGCAGGUUUGGGGCAUGCGCAGUGAGUGUCUCUAGUACACGUGCAGGCGGCAUGGCGGACGGUAAAGGAACAGUAGAGUUGGAUAGAGCUCAGGUGAAGAAGGCAGUGCAGUGUCUUCUGGCUUACCUGAAGAGUCGUACUGCUGGAGAUUUAUUGCUCCUCAAUGAGUGCCAGCGGGUUUCCCUGCUCUUCACACUCUGGAGAAUCCCCAAGAAGGAGAAAACAAUUCGCGUACCACUGCCUCAUGGCAUCCGUACGGAGGUCAGUGAGGUCUGCCUCUUCACCAGAGAUGAGCCCAAAAUGACCACUGACCAGACUGAGAGGUUCUAUAAGAAGCUGCUCACAGAAAGGGGAGUCAAAGGUGUCACUGAGGUGAUUCCAUUCAAGGUGCUGAAGACAGAAUAUAAAUCCUUUGAAUCCAAGCGGAGGUUGCUGGGGAACUUUGACCUUUUCCUCUCAGAUGCUCGUGUUCGUCGUCUACUGCCCUCUCACCUUGGGAAACACUUUUAUCAGAGCAAAAAAGCUCCCCUGUCAGUGGAUUUGCUGUCCAAGCAGCUUGCAAAGAGCCUGGAAAAAAUAAUUCAGGGUUCUACACUCUGUAUCUCCAAGAAGGGUAGCUGCUGCAUGGCUCACGUAGGUCAUUCUGGAAUGCCUGCUGAUCACAUAGUGGAAAAUAUCAUCGCUACAGUCAACUCCGUCACAGAAAAUUUACCGCAGAAAGGAAUGAGCAUCAAAAUCAUUCACCUCAAGAGCCAGUCUUCAGCUGCUCUGCCUGUGUAUACCUCAGACUUAAGUCACGUGUCCCUGCUGAAGGAGGCGGAGGAGAAGACCAUUUCAUCUGGGGCUCCGUCUGGGAAAAAACGGAAGAAAGGAAGUCCUGCCAAGACCACCGACAUCAGUGCGGUCCCCGUGUCAGGAGAGCAGUCAGAAGAGCCUGAAGAGCCAAAAGUCAGUGGGACACAGAAGGUGUUGAAGAGAAAGACCCCGGUAAAGGGCAAGGCAACAUCUGCCAAUGUAAAAUUGGCUCGUUCUGCAAAGAAAUGUCCAAAAACACCUGUUCAGAAAUCAAGGAGAAAAGUGCCCAAAUCGUGUUAAUUUUUGCAACUGUUGUGUAGGCAAGCAAACAAUGUCUUCAUAUAUAUACACUCAUAUUGUCUGUAUGUAUUUUAAAUGCUGAGACUGAGUGCUUAAGCUUCAGGUUUUUCCUUGUGUGCAAUUGUGAAACUUGCACAAUAUGGGUACUUAACUCAGAGGUGUAAGAAUUACACUGAUUAAGAAAAAGAACCCAUUCAACCAUAUCAACCCUCAGAAUUUGGCUAGUGAAUGUCUGUCUGUGAACGGUUGUGGUCACCAAAAACACGCUGAAUGGAGAUAGUGGAUGUUGACCCUUUGUUUCCAAGAUUAUGGUUUUGGGAAUUGAAAGUGCAGUAUCCCCUUUAUAUUCCCAUUAAAUAGUUUGAAUUGCUGUAAGUACAAUUGGAAUAAUACAACACAGUCUAAUUUUAUGGGUACACUGCUAGUUUAAGGCUGGAGUAUUAAGAAUGACGGAAUAUUAUAGUAUUAUGACUGCAAAAAAUGGCACGGAAGGUUAGAUGUGGAAUGUUUCAAAGUUGCAAACAAAAAUGAGAUACAGUGAUGCUUUAAGUUGUCAUUUCACAAUUUCAAAGAAGUCAGCUAUUUUCUAAUAAGCCAGAAAAGAGGGAAAAAACACAAAGGUAUGAAAGACAAAAAAUCACAUCUUCAUCUUUAACUUUGAGGCAUCAUUUGAAUCAAACAAUUUAAACCUUCUUUGUAAAUAUGACAAGCACUUGAACAAAUAUAACUGCAAAGAAAUGUCUGAACAUAAUUGUACUUAGAUUUUUAACAAUAUACAUUAUUACACAUUUCAACAAGAUUUCAGGUGCUGUGAAGGAAAAAGUUAUGAAACAAUAUGCAUGGAUAUUUUAAAUGUGGACACAUUGUCAGAGAAAUGUUUAGGAAAAAAAAGUUUCUCUGAAAAUAUGAAGGGUCAUAUAAAUUAUUUUUCAAAAUGGUGUUAAGAGUAAAUGACAAACACACAGGCAUGUCUUCCAUCGUUGGUUCAAGAGACUGACCUUUACAGCUGUCACUGAUGGUAAAAAGUAAGUCCUUUGUAAAUCACUACCGGUGCAUAAAAUCAUACUUUUUUACAUUAAUGUAUUAGACAGGGUAAAGAAAUUAGCAAAAUAUAUUCAUUUUCAAAAUACUUCAGUUAUGGGUCAGGUACAGAGUCAGAAAUAGGAUAGUAAACAGAUGCUUUAUGUAGAUUAACUGUAGCCUACAUUCAGAAAGUGCUGUAGCCGUUUCAUGAUAGCAGUUUCAUUGU